AUGGAGAGGUCCCUGGAGUUGGCCAACAUGACUAGAGUUCAGCAGUUCAUCUUGCUGGGAUUGUCCACUAGGCUGGACAUAAGAGAUGCCCUAUUUGCUGUCUUCCUGACUCUCUACCUGCUGACGCUCCUGGAGAACACACUCAUCAUCUACCUCAUCUGCAGUCACAGUGAGCUCCACAAGCCCAUGUACUUCUUCCUGGGCAACCUCAGCUGCCUGGAGAUAUGCUAUGUGUCAGUCACCAUGCCCACCUUACUCGUGGGGCUGUGGACGGGACCCUACCAUAUUUCCUUUACACUCUGCAUGACCCAGCUCUUCUUCUUUAUAGUCCUCAUCUGCACAGAGUGCACGCUCCUGGCCUCCAUGGCUUAUGACCGCUAUGUGGCCAUCUGCCGCCCACUGCACUACCCACUGCUCAUGAGGCCCCAAGUAUGCCUGGGCUUAGCCUUGUCUUCAUGGCUUGGUGGGCUGGUGGUCUCAGUGGCCAAAACAACAUGCAUCGCCAGUCUGUCUUACUGUGGUCCGAAUGUCCUCAACCAAUUUUUCUGUGAUGUCUCCCCUCUGCUCAACUUGUCCUGCACCCACGUGGCCCUCACAGAGCUGGUAGACUUCAUCUCGGCCAUCGUCAUCUUCUGCGGAACACUCCUGGUGUCCUUGGCCUCCUAUUCAGCCAUUGGGAUGGCCGUCCUCCGGAUGCCAUCAGCUGCUGCCCGACGCAAGGCCUUCUCCACCUGCGCCUCCCACCUGGUAGUGGUGGGCAUCUUCUACUCAGCGGCUCUCUUCAUCUAUUGCCGCCCCAGCCGCAUCAAGUCCAUGGACCUCAACAAGGUGCUGUCUGUCAUCUACACGGUGGUCACACCUCUCUGCAACCCUAUCAUCUACUGUCUGAGAAAUAAGGAGGUCCACGCUGUACUACAAAAGACCUUCCACUGGCCUUGACCAUGGUCUUCCAACUCUGGACCCCUCUCUCUCUGGAUCAAACAUUCCUUGAGGUCUGGGGAUAUAACUCAGUUGUAGACCUCUAUCAUAGCAUGCACAGGCCCUGGAUUUGAUCCCCAACCCAUUGAAAAAAGUACAAAUAUUUCUUGGCUCCAAAACUCCAUAAACCUUUAACUACAAAGAAAAAUAGAAUAAAACAUUUUCCAUUUAAUAUGUGAUAGUCACACACCAAGCAAUAACUAAAUCUGAAAUACCUAAGGAGAAAUCAGCAAAUUCCAACAGAAAAUAAGACAGAUAUUAUGUGUUCAUGGCUGGUGAUCCAUUUCUUAAGUCAUAACCCAGGGAAUGUAGCUUGAGCACCCAUCAUUUUAUUCCUAGAAGAGUGAGACAUUUUAACUGAAUGCAGGUAACUAGAUGUGCAGAAUCCUUGUUGCUUUAACAUUUGCAGUUUAGAAGCAACCAAAUGUCUAAUGAUGGGUGAAUUAAGCAAAUUAAUUGUGAGAUAACCAACAUUCUUUUAAAUAAAAAGACAAACGAUUUUUGUGUGUGUGUUAUGGUGGGCAUCAAUGUUAAAUUUAAAAAAAAUCAA